AUGACGCAGAAAAAGGCUUUGCUGAUCGCUAGCAGCUACAAUGGCCUUAGCGGUCCGUCCAACGAUGUGAGGAACAUGGCACUCUUACUUGGAGAGCUCGGAUUCAUUUCAACUCAAUGUUGCGAACAUCAAGCAACUCGGGAUGGCAUCCGAGCUGCUUGGAAUCGUUUCAUCGAGAGUCUUUCUUUGCACGAUACUGUUGUGGUCUAUUAUUCCGGUCAUGGCGGAAUGGUCGAGUCUACAAGUCCAGUCAGUCGGGAUACCCCAUGGAGGCAUCAGUUCCUUGUCCCAUUCGACUUCGUCUCGAACGCGCACCAUUUCAACGGCAUCACAGAUAGAGAGAUAUCUUACUGGCUCAAGCGCAUGACCGAUAAGGCGGACAAUGUCACCAUCAUCCUAGAUUGCUGUUUUGCGGGCCGCAUGGCUCGUGAUCCCAGCCACGGGGACAAUGCGAAACCCAGAGGUCUCAGCAUGGUUCGUUUUGAAGAUAUUGCAGCCCACGUCAGUAUUUUGGAAACCGUUAGGGAACUUCGACUUGACGCUUUCCCUGAGGAAAACCCGUCCGCAGUUCGUAUAGCAGCCGCUUCUCCCACGGAAUCAGCAUGGGAGUACUGCAACAGCAACGGGGAAUGGUGUGGAGUGUUGACAGAAUCACUUAUACUCGUUCUUAGGGACAUUGUAGGUUCCAACCGAACUAUACCUUGGCGGUCUGCCAUGAUACGUGUAUCAGAACUUGUUCAAGCGGAAUUCCCUCAGCAACAUCCUCGUGUGGAAGGUCGUGGGAACCGACACCCGUUCUCCAGGAGGGAAACCAUUACGGGAGAAUUCCCCGCAGAUAAAAAUGCGACCGAUCUGCUCAUCCAAGGUGGUCGCGUGUCCGGCAUCCACCAAGGUAGCCUGUACAAGCUGAUGCACUCAGGCAAUCAGAUCGCAGAAGCACGCGUCAUGACCUCUGAUGCAUUCCAAGCCCGGGCCAGUCUUGAACCAUGGGACCAGACACAGUUUCAGCUUCUCCCUAGCUCCCAUUUGACGGUGGUACUCCGUGAAAAUACCUUCCAUAAGUUACCAAUUGUGGUGCAUCCUUCUACCCCAGAGUUGGAAAACGUGAUGCGAACAUCGAGAUUCAUUCAACCAGCUACUCGUCGGACGCCUGGUCCUCUGGCUACACUCUCUAGACAAGGCCAAAGCAUCACUGUUUCCAACCACUUCGGCAUAAGAAUCUUUGAAGUGUCUUGGCCUGCCAAUCCUACCCAAGUGGCGGAUUUGAUCAGGCGGUUAGAGCAACUGGGCCGUGCACACCAUCUCCUGGGUCUACGGCCGGAACCCUAUGAGCAACUUCGACACGGUGUGACUGUUGAGGUCAAUUGGUUUGGAAAUACUAAUCGUCCGCCGUUCCGGAAAGACGGCACCGAUUAUCUGACUGUCAACGACCGAAUCACAAUCGGCUUACGCAAUUCUGGAAGCGAGCAAGUGUAUGCUUGGGUGUUUGCCAUUAAUGGUCUCGGCAGAGUGUCGUUGCCGAGGGCAUCAAGUAUCGAUCUGCCAGCUGGUAGGGAAGAGGUAAUCGGAAACCGAGGAAGAGGACUCCCAAUCACAUGGCCAACGGAUUGCCCCUACAAUGGCGCUUUGCCCGAGGCGAUCAUCGUCGUUCUUACCAACUCUCGCUUUGUGGAUCUAGGGCAUCUGAAAGAUCCUGUGGGCACGAAGCAUCAUCGCCGUGGGGGUCUUUCCAAAUUGGAGCAGUGGACUUGGAAGAUUGCCGAGAAUCGAACCAUUGGAGAUGAAACCGGCGAUGAUGUGUGCUUUGAGAGUAUAUAUAUUCCAUACCUCUUGCGACGCUGA